ACGACGCUAAAGCCCGUAACGGGAGCGGAACCAUGCAUCUGCAGGGGCACGGUCGCGGCCCAACGUCGGCGGGAUACCCGAUCGAGGAAUGGCCGCCGGGCACGGAGGUUGUCCGCGCGCCGGAGGGUGGCACGCUGAUCAUUCCCUGCCACAUCACCAACAACAUCACGUUAAGGAUUGCGCCGGCGUUCACCCGCAACGGACUCCUGACGCGCCUGACCGGUGCCCCACAGGUGAACUACUGCUGCAACUGCACGAAAGAUCACUUCCCGGCCAAUUACUCCAUGGAGGUCCAAUUCGACGACUUCGACACGGGGCCUUCUCCAUCCUUCUCCCGAACUUCACCUACGCGGCCACGGGCCUGUACGAGUGUCUGCACUCCAACGGCAGCCAGCGGGUGGUGACGCAGCGCUGGGUCAGCGCCACGCUUUUCCGCCACAACGUCUUCGAUCCGCCCAUGCAGAACGUAACGGUCCGCUACGGCGACCCCGCGGCGAUGGUCUGCGGGGUCCGCUUCAACUUCCUCCCGGGAUACCUGAAGACCCGCUUCCUGUGGCGCAGCGGAGGCUACCUGUUGAUGGCCGACUCCAUCCCGGCGGUCGCUGAUCAGGCCCGGUCGUGGUGGGGAUUCUAUGGGCGCUUUGAGUUCGGCAUCGAUGACGCGGGUCGCUGCAGCUCCACGAUGAAGAUCAACAGGGUCACGUGGAAGGAUGCCGGGCGGUACGAGUGCUGGUUCCGCAUCAGCGAUCGGUUGGAUGAGUGGAUCAUGCAGGAAGCUUAUCUGCACGUCGUUUAAUCUCAAUCCCCGUUUGGCUAGCGGUUCGGGUUCGGAAUGUGCGAUUUAGAAUAAGGAGAUGUGAUAGUGCCGAAUUGUAUCCUUUAGCCGCAAACCGGCGAAGCAGACUUGCAUAAAUUUUUACGACAGCGUUUGUCGAUAGAAAUUCAACGGGGUAACGCGGCGUCGCUGCUGGGCUCGAUGGAAGGACUGGAUAAAUUGAAUAAGAUUUUCUUGUUGUAGUUUUCGUGUUUUCUUCCCUUAAUUUGCCUUCAAGUAUGGUUUGUCCAAUAAAAGUGUGCAUAUUGUACCCGG